AUGGACCCAAUUAAGUAUGUCCUCUCCAGGCCAGUGGUUUCGGGUCAUAUAGCUCAAUGGGUAGUCUUGCUACAACAAUAUGACCUUGCAUACAUUCCACAAAAAGCUAUCAAAGGACAAGCAUUGGUAGAUUUCUUAGUUGAUCACCCAGUUCCAUCUGAUUGGGAGUUCUCUGAUGAUUUCCUGGAUGAAGACGUGUUUUACAUUGAAGUAAUGCCACCAUGGAUGAUGUUUUUCGAUGGGGUUGCACGUCGAGGAGCAGGGGUAGGUGUAGUGUUUGUUUCUCCACAACGGCAAAUACUUUUGUACUCAUUCUCAUUAAACAAACUUUGCUCUAACAACAUAGCUGAAUAUCAAGCGUUGAUUAUUGGUCUACAAAUGGCCAUUGAGAUGGGCAUAUUGCAACUUGAGAUCUUUGGGGAUUCCAAAUUAAUUAUCAACCAAGUCUUGGAGCAGUAUGACAUCAAGAAAGAAGACCUUAUCCCUUAUUGCAAAUAUGCAAAGAAGUUGCUAGCAAAUUUUGAGGCCAUCACAUUGGAGCAUAUACUAAGGAAGGAGAAUAGGCAGGCUGAUGCUUUAGCUAAUUUGGCUACUGCCUUAGCAUUAUCCCAAGAAGAGAUUGCCAAAGUUGCUAUUUCCUAA